AAAUUAGAAGGGAGAGUUAGUCGCUAAAAAAUUCAUAUGGUGGGCCAUUCUUAUCUACACAACAAUCAGAACCUUAAGUCGGAUAUAGCCUUAUCCAGAUUUCAUUCAACUUCAAAACAUCCCUCCAUCCUUUCCAACCACCAAAUUAUAAAAAAUCUGUUCUUGAUCUUCUUCCAUCCCUGAAUUCAGAUUCAGUUUCAGUCCUCUGGAAAACAUGGCAUCCUUGUGUACAUUUCCACGUAUUUCUUCCACAGAACCCAUCAAGCAAACGCCCGCCGCCGCCCCUUUUCCGCCCUCCAAUCAGCCGAUGAGACCCUCGGCGUUGUCCCUCCGCCAAAGCAGCAGCAAGCACCGGAGAAUUUCUACAGUGGUCGCCGCCAUUGGAGAUGUCUCCGCCGAUGGCACCACCUACUUGAUCGCCGGCGCUGUAGCUGUGGCUCUUGUCGGAACCGCCUUCCCUAUCCUCUUCUCUCGCAAAGACCUGUGUCCGGAAUGCGACGGCGCAGGGUUUGUCCGGCGAUCAGGAGCGGCGCUGAGGGCUAAUGCGGCUCGCAAAGACCAAACUCAGAUCGUUUGUGCUCGUUGCAAUGGCCUUGGCAAGCUCAACCAAGUGGACAAAUAAAUUAAAACCUGCCUUUUUUAGCCCCAUCAUAAAUUCCAUACUUUAUUAAUGCUGUAAUAAUCUAUUUUUAAUAUAUUUUAGUCGAUGUCCUUCGAGUCUUUGGAACUGUAA